AUGUUAAGACGGCAGUUGCUUACAGCGCUGAUAACUACACGACCUUUCUUAAAAAGGAGAUAUCUAAGUUCGGGAGCUGCUUUAUCGGAAGAUGAAUAUGAAAAGCUGGCUAUUGAAACAUUGGGUAAAUUGGCUGAUUAUCUAGAUUCCUUUCCGGAUAAAUUCAAUUGUGCCGAAGAGUAUUAUGUGAAUUCGUCCAUGGGUGUCGUUACGGCCAAAAUUAGCCAAAAAACGGGUACUUAUGUUAUCAACAAGCAAACACCAAAUCGACAAAUUUGGCUCUCUUCACCUUUGUCCGGUCCGAAGCGGUUUGAUUUGGUUGGUAAAAAAUGGAUAAGCACUCGCGAUGAUGUAUCAUUGGAUACUUUGCUAAAUAAUGAAUUUCGAAAAAUUUUUCAAACCGAAAAAAUUGAUUUUAGUGAAUAUUUGUAA